AUGGGGCAGGAGGACUUGGGACAGGCCACCUGUGGUUUCUCUCUUGCAGGUGUGGGCAAGAGCAGUUUACUGUUACGUUUUGCAGACAACACUUUCUCAGGCAGCUACAUCACCACGAUCGGAGUGGAUUUCAAGAUCCGCACCGUGGAGAUCAAUGGGGAGAAAGUGAAGCUGCAGAUCUGGGACACGGCCGGGCAGGAGCGCUUCCGCACCAUCACCUCCACGUAUUAUCGGGGGACCCACGGGGUCAUCGUGGUUUACGACGUCACCAGUGCCGAGUCCUUUGUCAACGUCAAGCGGUGGCUUCAUGAAAUCAACCAGAACUGUGACGACGUGUGCCGAAUACUAGUGGGGAACAAGAACGACGACCCCGAGCGGAAGGUGGUGGAGACAGAAGAUGCUUACAAAUUCGCCGGGCAGAUGGGGAUCCAGUUAUUUGAGACCAGCGCCAAGGAGAACGUCAACGUGGAGGAGAUGUUCAACUGCAUCACAGAGCUGGUCCUGCGAGCAAAGAAAGACAACCUAGCCAGACAGCAGCAGCAGCAACAGAACGAUGUGGUGAAGCUCACGAAGAACAGUAAACGAAAGAAACGCUGCUGUUAAUGGCCCAGCCAGGCCACUUGCAGGGACUGCACUGUGGUCACUCCCCGGCCCGAGGCCCACGGGGGGCUCCUCGGGGGACAGUCUCAGUUUCGUGCCGUUAUUUAAAGAUUUCUCUCCACGUUUUUGUAUCUGGAGGCGCCAUCGGCAUUUCCUUCCUUCUUUCCCCCCUCGAGUGCCAAGAAGGUGUUGGACAAACCUGCCCUUCCCUGCUGGUGUCCCCCGCCCCGGCCCAGGCGCCUAGAGCUGGCUCGGAUGCUGCCAGUGAGUGGACGAGUCACCAGUCUGUACAUAAUGUAUAUUGCGUUAACCAGCUGCAUUCCCUCGUCCUGCUCUGGCGUUUGCCUCUUUAAUGCCAGCCUGCUGCAACAGACCCUCACCCCACCCCAUCUUCCUGCCAACAGCUUCCUGAGGAGACAGGACCACUUCUGGCCACGCCUUCUGCAACCCGGGCUGGGGGAGUAGACGCCGUUACUUCUGCCCUGCAGGCUGUUGGCUGCUGCCCCGUCAUCGACUCUUCUCCAGGGCCUGUGCUGUCUCCGUUCCGGCCC